AUGUGCAUCAAAAUUCAGAGACGAUACACCUGUCCCAAAACAGAGACAGGAGCUCUAGGGCCUGACCCCGACGAAGAGGGCUCCCCAAAGCGCCGGUUUGUGGGCGAGAAGCCUGCGCGGUAUGGGUCGAAUAUCGUGAUGGAACCAUACACUCUCACGUGCUACGUUGACUUCUCGAACAGUGCGAGCCGGCCUAACGAAGCCUAUGAAGCGCACGUCUGCGAGAUGGUCGUCGAGUGCGGCGAACCCCAGUUCAGCUGCAAAGACCUCAACACGAUGGAACUAAGGCGUGAGAAUAUCCCCAACCACCACUGCCCUGUCUGCCUUCGCAUCCCCGACUAUCCUCGGGCUCCCGACAGCACCUGGUCGUACAAACGCCCUAUUGCGCAAAUUGCUGAUGAUUUUGAGCGUGGGCAGGCCAUGGUCGCCUUUGACCAGUACCUCGAAGGUGUGUUGAAUCUUGUGUUGGUUUCGCUGACGGUGUUGUUUCACCAGAACCUGGACUGGCAGAUAUACGUCGAGAUGCCCAGCGCCGAUCGGAUUGCAGGGCUGAUCUACUCGCACUUCUGCCGUGAAGAUGACGGACACUAUGGCGUUGACUCGUGGCACUGCACCUGUCAUUCCAACCAGGCACAGUUCGCCGAGGCGUCGAACCUCGGACGCCUGCUCCGGUUCAUUGACGUGGGCGUCAUUGCCGAGUCCUACCCGGACGUUGUGAUGCGGUGCUUCAUGCGAGACGACGAAGGCCACGAGCUCGACUCGGAAAGGGACAAGGCCUGGAGCGAAACGACCAACGACAGGUGGAGGCGGCUCUGCCUGGCGCCCGAGGAGCGCGUCAAGCACUGGGCGCAUCCGGACGAGGACAACAGGUUCGCGCAGUGCGUGGCGCAGCUCGAGCACGAGGUUAACCGCACGCUGAUCGAGGGGCCGACGGCCAUUGAGCACGCGCGGUACAGCCGCAUCGAGAGCGCCGAGCCCGUCGACGACUGGGACCAUGGCAAGUACGCCAUGUUCGUGCGCGGCCUCGCCCAGAUCCUGUACCCGGCCCUCGCGUGGAUCAGCUACGACUCUGGCCUGUCGAACGAGCAGGUCGCCCUCGUCGCCCGCGUGCUCUUCACCCUCGUCGACCACAACCGCGCCGCCGGGCGGGCCCCGAUCCCGGGCUUCCCCGCGGGCCAGCAGCCGCAAAUCCCCGGCGCCCUCGACGAUAUCUGGUCCAUCAUGUACAUCACCUUUGACUGCCCCUUCGAGUCGCCCGUGCCGACGCUCGUCCACGACCUGCUCAACAGACGCAUCCGCACCGUCCAGAAGAAGAUUGACGUCUUCAAGCGCAGGCGCGCCGCCGUCUUCGCGGAACUCUCCCUGCGCCUCGACCACGCCUGGCUGAUGCUCGACAGGAGGAGCCUGACCGUCCAGCAGGUGCUCGCCAUGCGAGACGAGCCCGGGCGGCGAGGCACAGGCGCGGGGUCACGAGGGACAGAAGGCGCCCAGCUGCACCGUCUGCGACGAGGGCUACGACGACAUCCAGAAGCUGUGCCGUCCGGCGCUGCUGUGCCGGAGAUGAAGCACCACCUCUGCGCGCGGUGCUGUCUGCGCAUCGUCCUCACGGCCAACGUCCGCGUGCCGGAUGUGCGCUGCGUCAUGUGUCGCCGCGAAUGCAACGACUGGAUCCUGCUCAGCGACAGGACGGAGCGCUUCAUGGACGCUGACGCCGAGGCAGCUGAGGAGAUAUUGAGCAGGUUCCAUGCGGCGGCGCAGCUGUAA